GCAUGCAAAUCCAAUUGCAAAAUUGUAUGCGUUAAAAGGUAACGUUGAGGCUGGAGAGAUAUCCACAGCCACACGAACCAAACCCGCCAAAAAAUUACCUCCUUUUUAACUCGAAAACUCUCCAUUAUAGACCCAUCAGUGAAGCAAAUCAACCAUGGCGUCUCACUCCACACUCUUUAUCUCUCCUCAGAACCUCUCCUCCAACUUCUCUUCUCUCUUUUAUUACUCACCACAGUCCCUCACUUUCAGAACCAAAAAGUCUUCCUCCCUUUCCUUAACCACCACAAAGCCCCGACGACUCUCCCUCUCUGUCUCAGCUUCCCAUUCCCUUCAAGCUCUCAUUUUCGACUGCGAUGGUGUCAUUCUAGAAUCCGAGCACUUGCACCGCGAAGCUUACAACGACGCUUUCGCUUACUUCAAUGUUCGUUGCCCUUCUUCUUCACAGCCCCUUAAUUGGGACCUUCAAUUUUAUGAUGUGCUCCAGAACCUGAUUGGUGGUGGCAAACCCAAGAUGAGAUGGUACUUCAAGGAACAUGGAUGGCCAUCAUCUACCAUAUUUGAGACGCCUCCUGAGAGUGAUGAGGAACGAGCUAAGUUAAUUGACACUCUUCAGGAUUGGAAGACUGAAAGGUACAAAGAAAUAAUCAAAUCUGGAACUGUGGAACCUAGACCUGGAGUUUUAAGAUUGAUGGAUGAGGCCAAGGCAGCUGGGAAAAUGCUAGCUGUUUGCUCUGCAGCAACUAAAAGUUCAGUUGUACUCUGUCUUGAGAACCUUAUUGGAAUGGAGCGAUUUAAGGGGCUUGAUUGCUUCCUUGCAGGAGAUGAUGUGAAGGAAAAGAAGCCAGACCCAUUGAUAUAUCUGACAGCUGCCAAGAGAUUAGGUGUGUCAGAGAAAGAUUGCUUGGUGGUAGAAGAUAGUGUGAUUGGGCUUCAGGCAGCAACUAAAGCUGGGAUGUCAUGUGUGAUUACCUAUACUUCUUCAACUGCUGACCAGGAUUUUAAAGAUUCUAUAGCAAUUUACCCUGAUUUGAGUAACGUGAGAUUGAGUGACUUGGAGUUAUUGCUCCAAAAUAAGAUUGCUGCUAGCUAAGGGAUUCAGCCAUCAGCACAAUCCUUGGAUUACAAAGUAAGAUCUGCCACUGAUCUUAUAAUUUUUUUUUCUUUUUUCUACUUGCCUUUAAGCAUUUGUUGUUAUAAUCAUACAAGUCAGCCAUUUAUUUUACUUACCUUGCCCCCUUAAAGAAAAAAAAAGAGGAAAAUGCAUGGAAUUUUGAGAGAUUGGUCGCGUACUUCUAUAUGCAUGUGCUGGGAAAUUGUAAAUGUAUAAGAAUUUUAACAUUUGAGGCAGCAAUAUAUUGGAAUGAUUUGAUUUUA